AUGGACAGGUCCGAGCUGCUGCUCGCGUUCCUGGCGGGCGCCGGCGCCGCCCUCGCGGCUAGCUGCGCGGCAGCGCGCUACUUCCGCGCGGACGGCCCCACCGUCGCCAAGGGCCGCUCGGUGACGUCUUCUGCAGGCGGGGGGCCAGCGGCGUACGAGACGACCAGGGCCGUGGACGAGUACCUCCAGUUCCAUUACGGCGACAAGGACGUCCUGCCGUACGAACGCGGGCCCAAGGACGCUCUCAAUUUCGUGCAGCGGUGCGCCCUGCUGUGCGAGAAGUACUGCGUCGGGCUGCAGGACUUCACGGGCGAGAAUGGGGAGGUCACCGCGCUGGACGUGGGCUGCGCGGUGGGCGGCACCACAUUCGAGCUUGCCAGGAGCUUUCCACAUGUGUUGGGGCUAGACUACUCUCAGAAGUUUGUCAGUGCUGCAAAGGAGAUGUUGCUGGAGGGUAGCAUGGCCUACCAAACGGUUGUGGAGGGCGAGCUGAUGGAGAGACGCGUGGCCUGCGUCCCUGACGACAUCGAGCGCAGCAGGGUCCGCUUCAUGGUGGGCGACGCCUGCGCCCUCCCCGACCUGCGACCCUUCGAUGCCAUCCUGGCCUCCAAUCUCAUCUGCAGGCUGCCCGACCCCAUGAGCUUCUUCAGAAGCCUUCCGCGACUCACCAAGCAGGGCGGUAUCGUGGUCCUCAUCUCGCCCUACUCCUGGCUGGAGGCGUGGACGCCAAAGUCGCAGUGGCUUGGGGGUUACUGGUCGAAGGACGAAGGGGCUGUGGCUGUGAGAACAGCUAAGAGGCUGCAGGAGGUGAUGGAUGGUCUUGGGUUUGACUUGGUUCACCAGGAGGACGUCCCGUUUAUGAUCCGGGAGCAUGCGAGGAAGUACCAGUGGGGAAUGAGCCACGGGACAGUGUGGAAGAAACGGACGGGCGAGUAG